CUUUUUCUUAUUGCUCUAUUUUUAACAAUUGCAUAUUUUCAGUAAUGUUUCUCACUCUCUUUCUCUCUUGCCAUGGCCAAAAACAAUGCCGGAAGAGGCCUUUUUACAUAUCUGCAGCUUCCGACCACCGGGUUGCCACAAUUUCACGGCAAGAGCGACAACAUAGCGGACGUCUUCUUCAAGACACUCGAGGCGCAUUGGGCAACCUACGCUCACCUGAAGGACCAUUGGCCCAAGCGCACCAAAGCCUACCUAAUCACCGGCGAUGCGCUCAAGGUGCUUAGAGAAUACAAAGGAGACACGUAUGAGGCCUUCAAAACAUUCAUCCUCGAGCGGUUCCCGGUCAGCGUGGCCAAGGCACACAGGCGCAUGAAAAUGUGCACAUCUGAUUACCUGGCUAAUCUUCCGCUGGAUGCGGCCAUAGUAAGGGCGCGCGUGGAUUACGACGCCAUGGGGACGUAUUGGGACUGGGAUGUUCCCGUCAGGGGUAUUGCCGGCCGGGUGUCCGCCGACGUGUGCUUGAAGUACGGCUUUGACCAAUACAAGGUGGUUUCGGGCCGCGAUAUCAUAGAUACGGUGGACAGGAUCAUCAAAAAUGUGGCACUUGGUAGGCCUGGAAAACCCAUGCCCGCACAAAUCGCACAGCCCGCACAACCUGCACAACCUGUACAACCCAUACAGCCCGAAAGGCGCGCCGAGCCUGCAGGUGAGGUGCCUGAUGUUGUCCCCGGUGGCCUCCCGCAUUUUACAUGCUGGACCAACAGGGUAAAGACCAAGGUGAUUUUAAGCACAGGGUCUAGUAUGUCGAUGAUCAGAAUGGACAAAGUAACAAGGCUGGGUCUUACACCCGACCCCAAUGAACGCACCAAAUGGGCCUCUGGUGGGAUUCAGCCUACUUGGACCCUCGGAACUGCCAAGCUUACAACUAGAAUUGGCGGCGUCACGGUGGAUCAUACGGUACAUGUGAGUGAUGCUUUAUUGGCCCCGAUGGUUGCUGGCACAGAUACGAUUAGCCAGUUGUUCAACAAUGUCAAUCCGGCUGCUUCGGCGAUGGUUACAAGGGCUGGCUAUUCAGUUCCUAUUUUAGUUAAUCCAAAGAAUCCUAAUGAGCCAUUAUACAUCUGCGCUAUUAAUUCGGCUUGACACUUGUAGCCAUAUAUAUAUAUAUAUUUU